CGCGUACAUUUAUAAUAAAUCUUGGGUUCUCUCUCUCUCAUAUAUAUUUGAAGUCAAUAUAUUCCUCGAGCCUCUAUACCGACGCCUUCAAAAAUCUUUCGAACGAUAAUUCGACUCAAAGAUAUUGCCAAGGACCAGCCAGCAUGGCAUCGCAAGCAGGGCAGAUUCGCCAGCCCCUCCAACCGUCCAUCCGUCCCAUCCUAGACCCUGAAUACGUAACCCUCCACGACUCACUCGUCCAAUACGUCGAGCCUUUAGAAUCGAAGCCAUGGGACCCUGAAAAUCGCAACAAGCCUUCGGCAUUGGCACACGCACAGCCAAAGCUCGUCGACGUCGGCCAGUGCUUCGACAAGGUCCUCGGAAACGUGCAGCUCCGCGUGUUCGUGCCGGAGGGCGAGGCGCCGGCCAAAGGAUGGCCGUGCAUGGUGUGGUAUCACGGCGGCGGAUGGGUGAAUGGUGGUUUGGGGAGUGAUAAUGGCUUCUUGAGCCAUGUUUGUCGAUAUACGCGAUGCAUGGCCAUCUCUGUCAAUUAUCGCCAUGCACCCGAAGAUGUGUACCCAGCUGCCCUAGAAGACUCGUUCUGGGGUUUUCAGUGGAUAAGAAAUAAUGCAGCUACGCUCUCCAUCGACAUUUCACGCCUGGUCCUGGGAGGAUGUUCAGCCGGCGGCAAUCUUGCUGCAGUCAUGUCCCUCAAGGCUGGCCUUGCGAAGCUAUCUCCAGCACCCGUAUUCCAGCUCCUCAUCUGCCCCGUAAUAGACUGUACGGCGACGGUGAACACGGCGUGGGCAACUACGCAACACUCGCCGUUCCUCACUCCCGGGCGCAUGACCUGGUACCAGGACCGGUACCUCCCGAAUCCAUCGGACCGGGCCAAUUGGGACGUCUCGCCGUGCUUCGCGCCGCCAGAGACGCUGGCAUUGAGCCCUAAGACAUUCGUCGCCAUUGCCGAGUGCGACUUGCUCGCGCCCGAGGGGCUUAGGUAUGCUGAGCUUUUGCGCAAAGCAGGCGUUGAGGUCGAGACAAAGACCUACAAAGGCGCUACGCACUCGAUUCUUGUUCUAGCUGGAAUCCACCAAAUUGGACAGCAGUUGGUGCAUGACGCCUGUGCUGUGAUCGCUCGGGAGCUGGGCACUGAGUACGACCCGUCAACCUCGCCAAUUCUCUCCCAGAGCGGGUGAGGCCAUCUCACUAUUUGUGCCGGUACUGGUAGUGUUAUCUGAUAUGGAGCCCGAUUGCUGGGGUCGUGGAGACUGGCGUGGGUUCCGGCACGAUAUGGGCCGGGGUUAUGGGGUAGAGUAGUGAGAUAAGCUGCCGGAACCGGCACAUCGGCCUCGAGUUGCAUCGUAGUUUCGAAGUACACCCUGGACGGCAAUUGAUAUCAAUAAAUCAUGAGUUGUGAGUUAAGAGAGGGAAAAAUCGAGUCCCAAGCUGUGCUAUCAUAGAUGUG